AUGUUGGCGGGAAACAGGCUGUACGUGCUGCUCGUGGCCGUGCCUGUGGCGCUGGCCGCAAAGCCGCUUGGCUGCUCGGACGGCGUCGUGUUCGGGCUCUGCUGCUUUGGCAUCCUGCCGCUCGCCGCCCUCCUCGGCGAUGCGACCGAGCAGGUUGCGCUCCACACCAACGAGACCCUCAGCGGGCUGCUCAACGCGACGUUCGGCAAUGCGACUGAGCUCAUCGUCGCGAUCUGCGCGCUCAACCGGGGCCUCCUCGCCGUGGUCCAAACCUCCCUCCUCGGCUCGAUCCUCUCAAACACCCUGCUCGUACUCGGCUGCGCCUGCCUCGCGGGCGGCCGACGUUCCCGUGAGCGACUGCCCGCCCACCUUCAGGUGGCGGCCAUCUCGAACGCUGCGCUGCUGCAGAUUGCAGUGCUCGGACUGCUGCUGCCGACCAUCAUGCACUACGCCAAGGACGACAUGGACUUUAUGCAGCCUCUGUCGCACGGCAUCUCGAUCGGGCUGCUGCUGCUCUACCUGCUCUACAUCUACUUCCAGCUCUUCACGCACCACUUCCUCUUCGAGGCGCCGCUCGAGGGCGACAAGUCGCUGCAGGACCAGGAGCCCGAGGAGGACGAGGAGGACGAGGAGGACGAGGUGCUCCUCUCCUUCUCGGGCGGGCUGCUCUGGCUCGGCAUCGCCACCGUGGCGAUCGCUUUCCUCUCGGAGGAGCUCACCGGCGCCCUCGAGCCCGCCGCCGCGGCGUGGGGGUUGCCGCAGGCCUUCGUCGGCUUCUGCUUGCUCCCCAUCGUCGGCAACGCGGCCGAGCACUCCACCGCCAUCGUGUGUGCGUACAAGCAGAAGAUGGACCUCGCGCUCGGGGUGGCGCUCGGCUCGUCGACGCAGAUCGCCCUCUUCGUCAUCCCGGUGAUGGUGGUCAUCGGCUGGGUCAUCCAGCAGCCCCUCGAUCUCUUCUUUGGCCCCUUCCCGACAGCAGUCACAUUCCUCUCCACCAACCUCGUCUUCAUGGUGGUGCAGAACGGCGAGACCAACUGGCUCGAAGGCGCCAUGCUUCUCUUCUCGUACGCCAUCAUCUGCUUCUCCUUCCUGUUUUAUUGA